CAUGGGUAAGAGGGUGGGAUGUCUAGAGGAGAUCGAUUGAGUCUGUCAGCAAGUGGUGCUGUGCAUGUGCAACAUGGAUGGUAAGCCUGGUGGAAUCUCCAAGGUUUCUGCCAGCAGAUGGUGCUGUACAUAUGCAGCAUGGAUGGUGGAGCCUGGCAGAGUCUCCAAGAUGUCUGGGAUCAGCACAUGUGGCAUCUGACGUCAUCAAAAUGUGACACAUUUCUGAGCAUAUGCAGGAUGAGAGGCAUCCAGGUGCACUCUUUCAUCAGGCAGGGCUGACGAAAGAGCCUGUUUU